AUGAAACUAGCUUCAGGUUUCACAUCUUUUCGUAGUCAAGUACGUAUAACACCUGGAGCUGUUGUCUGUUCCGAGUGUGAACUAUCUGGUGAGAUAGUUAUCGGUGCAAACACCAUUAUUCAUCCAAAAGCUCGUAUAAUCGCUGAGGCUGGUCCAAUAUAUAUUGGAUCAUUUAAUUUAAUUGAAGAACAGGUGGAAAUCGUGAACAAAAUUCCUGGUUCCACAAUGAAAAUUGGUGAUUACAAUGUGUUCGAAGUAGGAGCACAUUGUUAUGCCUUAGAAAUUGGUGAUAAUAAUGUUUUUGAAGCGAAAUGUCAUAUUGGAUCAAAUGUUAAAAUAACUCAUGGUUGUGUAAUUGGUGCAAUGUGUUCAAUGGAUUCAGGUGAAACAUUACCAGAAUGUACUGUUGUGUACAGUAACGAAGGUCAUCGUCGUGUUGCAACGGAACGUCCAGCUGCACAAACACUACAGUUAGAUUUUCUAACGAGAAUUUUACCAAAUUAUCAUCAUUUAAUGAAAGCCAGUCGAACUUCCACACCAAAACCAGCCUAA